UCUCGGCUGCAUCAGAGCGCCACUUCUCUCCAGGUUAACCAGAGGAAACACCAAUGAACAUAAUGCUUUUCCUUCCAGCUGCUGCUCUGUGCUGCCUGUGUUCAGGGCUGGUAGCCAUGGCAACAGAGCUGGUCCAAGAUAGGUUAUCGGUUGUUGCUAAAGCUAAAACUACGGUCUCUUUGAAGUGCUCAGGAACAGACAACUGUGAAAAGAAGCAGGUUUACUGGUACCAAAAGACAGAGAAAGAUCCAUUUCGAGCUGUUCUGCGUAUUGAUUUGACUGAUGGAAAUGUAAAUAAUCGUUACAGUCAUCCUAACAAAGAUGAUUUUACAGCUACUAAAGAAAAGUAUGGCUGUACUUUGGUGAUCAAGGAAGUUAAAGUGGAACAUGAAGGCACCUAUUUCUGUGUCUGCUGGAAGGCCUCCGGAGGAUCAGCGGAUAAGAAGUAUCUCAUCUUUGGGACUGGAACAAAACUUAACAUAACUGAUGAUAAAGCCAAGCCUCCAAAGGUGAGCUUGUACUCAGUGGCGCCUGAACUCCAGCAGGAGGGGAAGCAGCCCCUACUGUGUGUCGCCUCGGGCAUGUUCCCCACUGAUGUCCAGUUUUCCUGGAAAAGGAAGAAGGCUGGUUCUCAGGAGGAGCCUCUCCCUGAUGAAGAACAACUGGAAAUCAAAGAGUCGGAUCGUAUCGCCUCCCUCAGGCUGGUUGAUAGGGAUCCUGACUCCCCCUAUAAUUACACCUGCAAUGUAAAGCAUGAACUAAAAACUGAGGACCUGGAACCAAUAGUGAUUACACAAGCGCUUCCAGCUCACACUGCUAGUUCCAGCAACUGGUACAGAGAGAGGCUGUUCUGCCUGCUGUACUCAGUGCUGAUAGCCAAGAGCCUGGUUUAUUUCUGUGGAAUCUCCCUGUUCAGCAUCUACUGAAACAGGAAAGCUUCACUCCAUCAAUGACUCAGCAUCUGUCCUUCUGCAGCAAAAGCCUUUUUUUCCCCCCAACAUGAAUGUAAAGCUUCCAUAUUUUUAGUUUUAACUGCAAACAUAAUCAUAAAUAUAAUAAUCUUGGCAAGCUUCAUUGCAUUAGCAGCUUUUACAUUUGGUAAAUGUAUGUAAUACAUUGAGAGAUUUGGUACAUUUUAAGUGAAUU